UCUUAUGACGUAGGAGACCUUCAGUCGCCAUUUUCUUGUCAUCCGAGUAGAUACAGAACGGCUCGACAGCGGAUGAAAAAUAAACCAAACCCGGCGGAGUUUCUCUCACCUGCGACAAAACGGUUAUCUAAUGUGUUAAUGGACUCUUUGCUGAUGAGUGGUGAUGGUACCGAUCAUACUGUAGUAGGUUUCUCCGGGUCGCUGAGCUCGAAGAUGGACGACGCGGUGGCGAGGGAAGACGCCUGUCGAGAGUACCAGUCCUCUCUGGAAGACCUGACGUUCAACAGCAAGCCGCACAUCAACAUGCUCACUAUCCUGGCUGAAGAGAACGUCCAGUUCGCCAAGGAUAUCGUCGCAAUUAUUGAAGCGCAAAUAAGCAAGGCCCCAACCAUGGAGAAGCUUCCGGUUUUGUACUUAGUGGAUUCCAUAGUGAAGAAUGUUGGAGGAGAGUACCUUGCAGUGUUUGCUAAAAACCUAAUCACUUCAUUUAUUUGUGUCUUUGAAAAGGUAGAUGAAAACACCAGGAAGAGUCUGUUCAAGCUGCGCUCCACAUGGGACGAAGUGUUCCCUCUGAAGAAGCUGUACGCUCUAGAUGUCCGGGUCAACUCCCUGGACCCGGCCUGGCCUAUCAAGCCACUGCCGUCGCCCACCAACGCCAUUCAUGUCAACCCCAAGUUCUUAAAGCAGUCUGAGGAGGCGUCCUCUCCAAAGGCAGCCCCCACCCAUCCUCCUGCAGUGACCCCUGUCCCUAAGCCCGCUUCCCAGCUAGCUCCGGUCAUCAGCCAGUCCAGCCUGACCCAGGAGCAGCUGAUCCGGCAGCAGCUGCUGGCCAAACAGAAGCAGCUUCUGGAGCUUCAGCAGAAGAAGAUCGAGUUGGAGCUGGAGCAGACCAAAGCACAGCUGAUGGGACAGGCUGGAUUCAUCUCCCCAGCACCAACAGCAUCCAGCAGCCUGCCGAAGCCUGAUACUGUGGUCCGACCUUGGGUCCCCCCCCAGCCUCAGCCUGACCCUAAACCUUCCAACAGAGACCCCCGUCUUACCCGUGUCGUCCCCCCAGCUGCCCCCCAGCCUAAAGAGCAGUUGGCUGUAAAGAGGGAGAGCCCUGCUCUUCCUCCUGAAAGGAGACUGCCAGAGAAACCCACCCAGCUGGACAAACCUGGGACGAGGAAGGGUUUUUCAGAUGACAAGUCCAAGUCUCCGUCUCCACUGGCCAGAAGUCUCAACAUUCAAAACAAGCAACUGGAAGCCAAGUUUCAAAAAUCCACAGAUGGCCCAAGAAAGGAUCCUAGGCUGAAGAAACGACCUCAGGACAAGGCGGGGAUGUCCAGAGAAGACGAACAGAAGAAGAAACGCUGCAGUGACAAGAAGGAUCGGGAGGAGGCUCCCCGGGGACCAGACUCCUUAAGGGUCAGCAAGACCAAACUGGUAAAUGGUUCUGUGGUCACACAUGACCGCAAUGAGUCCAGUGAAAGGCCAGACUUCAAAACCGGAGGAAACGCACGAACUCACGCAAGGAAACGAACCCGAUCACGUUCACCCGCUGGCUCCCCCAAGAGAAAGGACAGGCGCUCACCUAAGAGCAAAACCCGGAGCCGCUCCCCUUCCCCGUCCCACAAACCAGGCAAGCCUCAAAGGAUCAGAGCAGGUGACCUGCAGCACGGCAAGCCAGGCCGGGACGAACGCCUCGGGCUCAAGAAAAACAAAUCUGAGAGGAGGCCAAAGAGGCUGGUGGAGGACCACCACUCUCAGUCCAGAGACUCUCCACGCAGUCAUGAAGGAGGAAGCAAGGAAGCUAAGGAGGCGCAUCGCUGGAGGAGCGGCUGGGAGGAGAACAAACACCCUAAACCAUCAGAAGAUCCUCACACGAAGGCUGGACCCCAGAGACACAAGUCCUACAGCACCCCGACCCGACCCAGUACCCCCCGCAACCCAAAGCAUCGCCUCAGUGUGGACGCCAACCUGCAGAUCCCUGAGGUUCUCAACUCUGCCUCCAAGAAGGACCUUCUGCAAAGGGCCAGCAGACGUUUGGAGAGUGGUGAGAUUUCCCUGGAGGACUUCCUGAACAUGGCCCAUCAGAUUAAACACUUCUUUCAGUAUCAGGAGGAGAAGCAGCAGCGCACCAAGGGUUGGGAGGGACCAGGAGAGUUCCCUGUCAAGAAACGUUCCCUGCUGAGCUCGCCCCCCUCUGCUCAGUCUCACCCGCAUGAAGCCAUGGACCCCGCAGAGUUGUCUUACUAUGAACACAAGUCCAAGCUGAGGACAACGCGGGUCAACCACCGAGUCAUGGGAGAGGAGACGCAGGAGUCCCAGGAGGAUGGCACAGAAAUGGGACAAGGCGAAAAGACAUCAGACCUGAUUUCCGGGAACCCUCCAUCACAUCGGUACAGCCGAGGGCCCCAGGACAGGCCAGGUGAAAGGAGGAGUAAAGAACACGACGAGUCGAGACCCGCUCUUGCCCCCAUGAUUGAGGACUACAACCACGGCAAGGAGUUCCCCAAGCUGAAGGGUCUCCGUUUCAGGAGGAGAGCUGAUCCCAGAGAGUCCAGUGAACGAGAGUGGACCUCACCGCUGACGGAGCGCCAGCUCUAUGAUGACCGAGAGGAGCAGAAGAGCGGCUACGAUGCUCCGCGGAGGUACCCCACCUCUGCCGACCAACGCAGACAGGAGGGGCCUUCUGGGACGGGGGUUCACCGGAACUCUUCCAGCUCUGUUGGUCCGGAGGCUCCGCUUCCUCGCUUUGAGCGAGAGCGGUUGUCCCCUCUCCAUCAGAAAGACACUGCAGACUCGAGUCCGAUCCCACGCUUUGAGAGUCCUAACAGCGAGCACUCGGACGAUGGACCCCUGGACGUCCCCCAUUCUCAUCCUCCUCACAAACCCAUUCUGCUUCGCGGGGGCCCGCUGCCCUCUGUUCAACAGCACGAAGACUCCCCAGGACUUACCCCUCCUCAUGAAGCCAACCACCCCCCCUCUCGGUACAGUGGACCUGGACACAUGGGCCCCUCCAGGUCCCGGCCUGGCUGGUUUGAGGGUGGUGCCCCCCCUGGGUGCUAUAAUGAUCCUCAGUUUGAAGGGCCCCAACAUCCAGGUCCCAGCAGGUUUGAUGGUGGGGGGCCACCUUAUCAAGUGGAGAACACUGACGGCUCUGGGUCUUGUGAAGGGCACCACAUGGCUCAUGGUCCAGUGAGAGGAGAUGGGAUGGGAAGGUUUGAUGGGUCCCCUCAGGGACCAGUCAGGUUUGGGGGUCCCAUGGACCCGCAGCCCCCUGUCACAUUUGAGGGUCCCCUGCUAGGGCCAGGCCCCUUAGAGGGCCCUAUACAACACUUCAACAAUGCAGGACCCGGUUCAAUGGGCUUCCAGCAACAGCGGCCUCUCCGCUUUGAGCCCCCCGGUAACCAGAUGGGUCUCCUGAGGUUUGAGGGGCCCGGUCAGCCGGGUCCCAGGUUUGACCUGCCCAGUGGGCCUCUUCAUGGUGGACCAGCAGGCUUUGAUUAUCCCCCUGGCCAGCAGGGGGGGCCCAGGUUUGUCCAACACAAUCCUCAGGCCCCCGUUCAGCCGAUGGCCCCGCCCAUCUACGACAACUCCAUACCCUCUCAGCAGAACUUCAACAUGGGCCCGCAGAGGUUCCCGGACCCUCUGAACCCUCAGUUCCCUACGGGUCCCAACAUGCAACAGCCAGGAAGCUUCAACAUGCAGCCGCUGCCGUUCAGCCACUCGGUUCCUAGACCCUUCUUCACCCCCUCGGCACCCCCCAUGGGCCAGCAGCAGCCUAUGAACAUGAUGAACCAGAACUUCCUGCCCCAGAACCCUGGGCCUUAUGGACAGCAGACUCAACCUGUGGCUCCUCCAGAGAACCACUUCGGUCAGGUAGACGUUAACGACCUGCUCUCUAAACUCGUCUCCAACGGAAUCAUUAAACCGCUGUCUCAAGUGGACGCUGCACCCACGCCUAGCGAAUUUACUCUGGUUGCCACAGCGCCCCCUGCUGAGGAGGAGGAAGAGGAGGAGCCAGAGGUGGAGGAGGAUGACUUCCCAGAUCUGACCAGUUUCAGCAUUGAACACAUGAAGCAGCGCUACGAGAGCGUGGUGACAAAGCUGUACUCGGGGAACCAGUGCUGUCUCUGUAGCAUGCGCUUCACCACCGCGCAGACGGACAUGUACGCAGACCACCUGGACUGGCACUUCAGACAGAACCACGCCGGGAAGGUGGCCAGCAAGAAGGUCACACACCGCCGCUGGUACUACAGUCUGACGGACUGGAUCGAGUUUGAGGAGAUCGCUGACCUGGAGGAACGGGCCAAGAGUCAGUUUUUUGAGAAGGAGAAUGAAGAGGAGGUGCAGAAAAGCCAGGCAGCUGCCAAGGAGAAGGAGUUCCAGAGUGUCAGAGCCGCCAAGGACCAAGUGGGGGAGUUGUGUGAAAUCUGCCAGGAAUCGUUUGAGACCUACUGGGUUGAGGAAGAAGAGGACUGGUUCCUGAAGAACGCCAUCAGGGUUGAUGAGAAGAACUUCCACCCCGCCUGCUUUGAAGAUUACAAAAAUACCUCGUCCUACUUGGACGUCACCCCAUCACCCAGCAAGCUGCUGACUGAGCAUCCACUGGGCACCUUCUUGAAGAUGGAGGAAGAGAAGGUGACUUCCUGUGAUGUCAUCACAGUGAAACAGGAAGUACCUAGUGAGUCAUGUGAGCUGCCUCAGGAGGAUCAGAAUCAGGGUCAGGAUGUUUUAACGGACCCUGUGAAGUCGGAGAACACGGCGUGACGUGCUGCUGCUCUUCGUCUCCGUGGCGAUGAGGAGGAUUUUACCACUUGAAUACAUUUUGGUAUUUGGAUUCUUUGCAGCCGUUUGAGGUCUGCGUUUCCGUUGCUCAGAGCUGUAAAUGAUUUAAUUUAUAAAUUAUGGUAUUUUUUGUAACUCUGGUCUAAAGGUGAUUGAGUGGCUCAGCUGCUGGUUUUAUUGGUAGAGUAGUUGCAGGUGUUGAAGGUAAGCAGCAUCUGAUUGGACAACUGAAGACGGGACAAAUCGUCUCUGCUGAGGACGCCGUUUUUUGUUUUGCUUCAAUAAAAACGUCAAAAAUGGUUUUGGUGUGAAAUUAAAUCAGUUUUGUUGUCAUUUGGGUUCCAGAUUUAAAUAAAGUCCUGUUGGAUCCAGA